AUGUUUAAUUUACAUAUGGCAUUAUUAUCAUUUACAGAAGCAAUGAUUACGAAUGACAGGGAUGGAGAUACUCGUAAUAUGCUCAAUGAUGAUUGUUCUGUGAAGGCAGCAACGCCAAUAGAAGGUGAUUUUUACAUAUUUUCUUAUGUUAAAAGAAUUUUAGCUAUAACUAUUGCGGAACUUGAAGAAGUUCGUGCUUUCAUAAUUGAACAGCGAAAGAAGAAGGAAGCCGCUGAAGCGCGUCGGAGACGCUCAAUCACAAAAUCAAGUACUACACUAAGUUCAGUAUCUUCUAAAAGCAAGCCGCCCUCCGCAAAAAAGAUGCAAAUUAAAAAGGUCAAAAAAACUGGUCAUAAUGAUGGAGUGAUAAAAGCAAUUGUUGAGCGUAACAAAAACGAAGAAAAUAUUGAGCCCGUUGAUGAAGUAAUGAUGGACUAUGAGGAUGAAGAGGAUGAUUCUGAAGAUCCUGACUCCAAUGAAAUUUUUGAUUUAGGCGAUAAUGAGGAAGAGUACAAGAAAAUUAAAUCUGAGCGUACGUUAACAUUAAUUUUAUAA